AUGGGCCGCACUAAACGAACGCGAAAGGCGCCUCUGGUUCCAACUGAGAAGAAACUCUCGUCUGCGUCUCACAAGGUCACGCAGUCGACAAUCUCGACAUUUCACACCCUCCUCAAACGUCGGAAAGGGAUCGAGCGACAGUUGAAGAGUUCGGCGUCCUCUGAGCAGCAUCAGGCCCUCGAGAAGGAGCUGAAGAACAUUGACCGCCAAGCCGACGAGAUUGGCGGGCUGGAGGCAUACCAACAGGCCAGCACUCUGGGUCAGUCGUCCCAACGAGGAGGAGACUCGUCUCAUGUCCUCAUCAAAUGGCUCAAAGGCGUGCGAGCGUCGACGGCCUGGGGUGUACCUCUUCGCCUUGUGCUUAACUUUGUCCCCGAUCCGAAAGAGCGAGGGCGCAUGCUUCGACUCUGCCGCGCGCACCUCCUACCCCAGCCAUCGUCGAUGCUGUUCAUCGUCCUCCCGUUCCCAUGCGUGAGUAACUCGCGAUACACGACGGCCGAGUCAUUCAAGCAACUCGUGACCGCCCUGGGCUUCAAGCUCGAGCGGGAGCAAUGGCGGCCGCACGGCAAGGUUGCGUAUUGGUUGUUCCGAUGGUGCAGCACAACAGACGACGUCUCACAGUUCAAGAAGAAGCGGAUCCUCAACGAUGGGCCGACUAGGAACAACUUCACCAUCCUAGUAGAGUAG